GGCUUAGUAUAAAAUUGCACUUCACUUUGUCUACAAGUUAUAACUGUCUGAAACUGAAACUGAAACAAACAAUAUGGAUAAUUGCUUCUGCUAGCACCUCCAGAAACCGAAUCCUAUAAUCCAGAGAGGCCUACCAAGAACUGUUGCACACCGAGCCGCCAUGUCAUCAAACGAUGGAAACCGAACGUCACCAACAACCCCUAGCCAACCACAACCCUCACUAGCAAAAGAUCAAAUAACCUCCCUUAAAAGAAAACGAUUCAGGCGAAUUAAAAGCGCCCCGACAUCAGAUUCAUUUCCUUCACAAUCCAAAUCGACCGCCUCUCUUCCACGGCCCAAAUCUGUUUUUAACUACCUCCAUCCAAGUUACCGAAAAGUAGCCAUCAUAUUAUGCAUCUACUUGGGUACCGGCACGCUUUGUUUUUACUUCCUUAGACACCAAAUCAAAGGCCGAAAAACAAACAGCGUUCUGGACGCAGUUUAUUUCACAGUGGUCACAAUGACUUCUGUUGGGUACGGAGAUCUUUUCCCCGGUAGUGAUCUUACAAUACUACUCGCCUGCUUAUUUGUCUUUUUUGGUAUGCUUCUUAUCGGGCUGGUACUAAGUAAAGCUGCAGAUCUUUUAGUCGAAAAACAAGAACUACUUCUUGCGAAAGCGUUUCAUAUGCAUCAAACCGUUGGUACUGCAGAAACGCUUAAAAGAAUGGAAUCAAAUAGAGUUAGAAACAAGUGUAUACUGUUGGUUGUUUUGCUGGUGGUUCUUAUGGGGGCCGGGACCGCGGUUUUGGUUGCUGUUGAGGAUUUGGAUUUUGUUCACGCGUUUUAUUGUGUCGUGGGCACGAUCACGAGCUUAGGUUAUAUUGAUAAGUGUUUUUCAACGAAAGGGGGGCGGGUUUUUGCUUUGUUUUGGAUAUUGUCGGGGACUAUUUAUUUAGGCCAGUUGUUGUUUACUUUUGCUGUGUUGCAUACUCAAAGGAGACAGAAAUCGUUAGUCAAAUGGGCUCUUAAAAGAAAGACGACACCUGCGGAUCUUGAGGCGGCUGAUCUCGAUGAUGACGGGGUUGUUGUGGCGGCGGAGUUCAUCCUAUAUAAACUAAAAGAAAUGGGAAAGAUCAGCCAAGAAGACAUGACGCCGAUCAUGGAAGAGUUUGAAAGGCUGGACUUUGAUAAAUCCGGCACAUUGACUACAUCCGAUGUUCUGCUUUCACAAUCAUCAUGGUACGACCCAAAGAUGUUGCUUACGCAAACAUCCGUCUGAUGUUGCACAUGACACAACUAUAAGGGAAAUAUGAUAGGUAACUGUUUUAUUAGGUAAAUCUAGUUGCUAAUAUACUAAUUUAUUUGUUUUAUCAGAAAAUCAUACUUUUAUUGAUUGUCACGAUAAAAUCGUGUUGUAAUAACUUUUGUACUAAAGCUAUUUUGUUUGUAGACUAUCAAGAUCAUGUGUAAUAUAUGGGACUAAAGCUAUAAACUGAAAAGCGUGUUUAACAC